GACCUGGCCAUUUCUCUACCCCACCACCGCAAUUAUAAAAAAGGCAAUGGAGGACUAUAUCCAUGACUCACUGGCUUCCGGACUCAUAGGAUCUUCUUCUUCUCCAAUAGGGGCCGGAUUCUUUUUUGUUGAAAAGAAAGACACCACUCUUCGCCGAUGUAUCGACUACUGUGGUCUCAAUGACAUCAACGUCAAAAAUAAAUCUCCGCUUCCCUUCAUCGAUCCCUCGUUUGAACCGCUCUGCGAUGCCCGGAUAUUCACCAAGUUGGAUCUACGGAAUGCCUACCACCUCAUCCAUAUCCGAGAGGGGGAUGAAUGGAAAACCGCUUUCAACACCCUUCUCGGACACUUCGAAUACCAGAGAAUGGUGUAAAGGAUGCCUACAUAGAACGUGCCAUCGGAAUUUGCAAGAAGGUUGUCGCUGCUUUUUCCUAUAGCUGGAAAGAAAGAAGAAAUUUGGGUGAAGCACAGUCACAGCUGCACCUACCCCCUCACCAGCUAACAGCAGAGUCCCCAACCAGGUGGGGCUCCUGUCAAAAAAUGACAGAGCGAUUCCUGGAACAGGAGAAGGCUGUAACCCGUGUCCUGGGGUCUGAUAUGAAUCUUGCGCCUUCUUGGCAAGACAUUGACGUUUUGGAGUCAGUAAAUAAGGCAGUCAAACCACUCCAAGACUUUACUGAUGCCCUGUCAGCGGAAAACUAUGUCAGCGUCUCCUGCAUUAAACCCAUUAUCAGUUUGUUAAAAACCAGUCUUAUGCUGCCUGAGGAACACAACACUGAGCUUACCAAAACAAUACAAAGGAACAUACUGGGAUACCUUGAGGAAAAAUACAGUGACGCUGUAAAGGAUGAACUGCUGGACCCAAUAUUCCGGACAACCUACAUUGACCCAGACAAGGUGGAACAAUUCAAAAGAAGAGCUAUCAAUGAACUACUGUCCUUCCCCACUGGCAAAAGCCCAUCACAGCCCAUUCCAGUUGGUCAGGUGGGCAAAGAAAAGACAACACCUCAGCCAGACCCCGAGAGGAAAAAACCUUUUGCAGCCUUCUUCAAGACGAGUCAUACACCACCUCCGACCAGUCAGAGGCAGAUAAAAUUGAGACUGAACUAGCAACUAAUCUGCGAUUGCCAGAGGCAGACCCUGACACUGAUCCACUUCAGUGGUUGAAGAGCCAUAAAUCCAACUUUUCAAGCCUCAGUAACCUGGCCAAGAAAUAUCGCUAUCCCAGCGACAAGUGCCCCACCCGAGAGGGUUUUCAGUGUGGGAGGAGGACUUGUUACAUGCAGCAGGGCAUGGCCUCAGGCCAGAGGCAGUGGAGAGGGUUGUCUUCCUUGCCAAGAAUUUAUAGAAAUUAUAGACAACUAUCACAGACCUCAUGUCCUGCACUUCAUCCAAAUGUGAUGUUC